AUCCCUGGGAGUGGUGGAAUGCCAGGCUCCUGUCCUGUGGCCUAGGGGCCUGGGGCAUCAUUGGGCCUGCCUUCAGACUGAGGUUGCUCUAUGUUCUCACUGCCUGAGGACAGUGUCCCGCCACCACCUGCCUUCCUUAGGGCCACACUCAGGCUCGGCUUCUCUUCCCCAGCUGUGGCUUCCCCAUGGUACUCUGCUGCUUAUGCCACCUGUGGGGCUGUUCCCCUCCUCAGAGAGGGGAAUGGGGCUGGUCAGAGGACCCAGGGAUCACCCUUCCUUUUACUUUUUCCCCCCACCCCCCUGUCAGGCUCAGGUGAGAAGCCGAGGCCAGGCUGUCCAAAGCUCUUCUCAUGUGUAACAGUUCUGAGUCCCUUGACCUCCCCCCUUGGCCUGACUCUGGUCUCAGUUCCAUUAAGACAGAGUCCUGUCAUCUUUCCCUACCAUCCCCCACUGGACUGUCUCUCUCAGAAACCCCAGGCAGCCUUGCCUCCUGACCUAACUCCUGGAGAUGCUGGUGUUCUUGGGAGGAAUUUCUCCUGCAUCUCACAUGCUAGAAGCCCCUGGGGCAGGAGGUAGGGGGAGGAAUUGAGAGGAGGAAGAACAUGAACUAGACACCUAGAGAAGAAGGAUGUGACUUGUAGUAUCCUAUGUCUAAAUUAGGAAUAUGAAUCUGGUUUUUCUACAAGAAGCUUGAGAUCACAGCUGACUGUGUUCCUGAUGCAUCCACCAAACCCAGUUCCAUCUGUGGGCCUCCCUGGCUCUGUCACCAGCCGUUGCACCCUCCCAAUCACAGGAGUCACAAACCUCAGACAUGCAGCUCCUGUCCACACUUAAUAUAUGCAUGCAUUGGAUCACCCAGCCCUGGUCUUUCUGCCUCCAUGGAUAACUGCAUGACCCUGAGAGAAAACCUCCUUAGAUUUAGCAUCCUAGGUUCCUCACACGCCUCACCCUGAAUCCUGGCCCUCCCGCAGCCCUAGCGCCAUUUGUCCCAUCAGUGACCAGAUUCAUAUUCUGGUGUAGACUCUGUUGCCGGAGCCAGUGUUGAGCCAGUCCGCCUCUUCCCCGGGAAGUGCCUGCCCUUCCCUCCUGUUAGGGUUGGCUCUCGAGCUUGUGUGCCAGUUCCUGGGUUGGCCGUGAGAGUUCUACAGACAAGGGGGAAGUGCUCUCGGUGUAUUUCCUGUGGUGGGUUCACACGCAGCUAGACACAGCUAACUUGAGUCUUGGAGCUCCUAGAGGGGAGUUUCUGGAAAGGAAGGCUCUUCAGGACCUCUUAGGAGCCAGGUAGGAGUCUGGGACUACUAGUGAACCUAGACCUGUGGCUCUGGCCAGAGGGGCUAGGAUGAGAGACAGGGUGUGAUGGUGGGUGCUGGGAGAUGUAGCCGACCUUGGGGCUGGUGGCUGGGGGAGUGGGUAGCCUGGGAAAGGCCAGGAUGUGGACGGGCUGGUAUGGCAUUGAGCCUGAACUGGUCCAACUUGGGGUUCCCCAGUGCCUAGGAAAGUUGUCCCCUUGAAUGUCAGUGUGAAGGUGAAGGAGGAAGCAGAUGCCUGUUCAUAUGGAAACAAAGACCUGGCUGUGAAGAGGGGAGGCGGACACCAAAGUCCUGACACUUGGGCGGGACAGAAUUGAUCUGUGAGAGACUCUCAUCUAGUUCACACCCUAGGUGACCCUGGGGGUGGCAUGGGGGUAGAUUAGAGAUCCCAGUCUGGUAUCCUCUGGAGAGUAGGAGUCCCAGGAGCUGAAGGUUUCUGGCCACUGAACUUUGGCUAAAGCAGAGGUGUCACAGCUGCUCAAGAUUCCCUGGUUAAAAAGUGAAAGUGAAAUAGAGGGUCGGGGCAGUGCUUUCCCAGAAGGAUUGCUCGGCAUCCUGCCCUUCCCAGAAGCAGCUCUGGUGCUGGAGAGAGCACUGCCUCCCUGUGUGACUGGGUGAGUCCGUAUUCUCUCUUUGGGUCUCAAUUUUGCCUUCCCUAAUGAAGGGGUAAGAUUGGACUAGGUAAGCAUCUUACAACCAUUUGUGGUCGUGAGAGCUGGGGUGGGGAAGGAUUGUCACUUGACACCCCCAGCUCUGUUUCUAAGUGCUGAAAGAGCUCCAGGCUAUGCUACGGGAGGAGAAGCCAGCUACUGAGGAAAAGCGGGAGUGGUUUACCAUUCUCCUCCCCCACCUUUCACCAGAGAAGAGGACGUUGUCACAGAUAAAGAGCCAGGCUCACCAGCUCCUGACGCAUGCAUCAUGACCAUGAGACACAACUGGACACCAGACCUCAGCCCUUUGUGGGUCCUGCUCCUGUGUGCCCAUGUCGUCACUCUCCUGGUCAGAGCCACACCUGUCUCGCAGACCACCACAGCUGCCACUGCCUCUGUUAGAAGCCCCUCCCAGCCCCCAGUGUUCCCAGCAGCUAAGCAGUGUCCAGCAUUGGAAGUGACCUGGCCAGAGGUGGAAGUGCCACUGAGCUGGGCUGAGGGCAACCUUGCCCCCCACCCAAGAAGCCCUGCCCUCCAGCCACAGCAGCCCACAGCAGCAGGGUUAAGACUCAGCACAGGGCCAGCAGCAGCACAACCUUGACCAGAGCUUGGGUCCUACCUGUCUACCUGGAAUGAACAGUCCCUGACUGCCUGCAGGCUGCAUGGAUGAGCAACACACCCCCUCCUUCUCUGCUUUGGGUCCCUUCUCUCACCAAAUUCAAACUCCAUUCCCACCUACCUAGAAAGUCACAGCCUCCUUAUAAUGCCUCCUCCUCCUGCCAUUCUCUCUCCACCUAUCCAUUAGCCUUCCUAACGUCCUACUCCUCACACUGCUCUACUGCUCAGAAACCACCAAGACUGUUGAUGCCCUAGCCUUGCACUCCAGGGCCCUACCUGCAUUUCCCACAAGACUUUCUGGACACCUCCCAACUAUUCUUGCUUUUCCCAGACAGCUCCCACUCCCAUGUCUCUGCUCAUUUAGUCCCGUCUUCCUCACCGCCCCAGCAGGGGAACACUCAAGCCUGGUUGAAAUGCCGCCUCGUCAAUGAAGUCAUCCUCUUUCAGCUCUGGCCACAUUCUGCGGACUUCCUAUCUUUGUGCUGUAUGUUUUUUUGUUUUUUUUUUUCCCCCCUUCACUCUAAUGGACUGUUCCAGGGAAGGGAUGGGGGCAGCAGCUGCUUCGGAUCCACACUGUAUCUGUGUCAUCCCCACGUGGGUCCUCAUAAAGGAUUAUUCACUGGAG